AUCAGAGUACAAACCAGCCGAGCAGCGCGACCGAGAUGACCCACUUUUCGGUUUUCGCACCAACAGAACAGAGCCCAACUGCUAUCCGAAAAAAUUGUGCUUCUAAAUGGAAUUAAAUUGAAAUUUUUUGUGACAAAGCAGUUGUUAAUAUACAUACAUAUAGAUAUAUGUAGCUUAGUUUCGAUAUUAUGUACAACUCGUAGCCUAGUGUAAACUCUAUGCAUUUAUGUGAAUUCGCCAGAGGAAACGUGGAAGAGGAAACUUGGCAUAGGCGACCUGAAAAAGCACCAGCAGCGAGCAAGAAGAAGCACCAGAAGCAGCAAAAAAGUCGUCAUAGGGGCAGCCACAGCAUGCCGUACGAGUCGAUGCACCACCAUCAGUCGGCGGCCGCUGCCGUGGCCGCUGGCACAGCUCCCAAUGGCAUGCUUGACUCACUCAGCCUACAACUGCGCGACUCGGAAAUGCGACGCACAGAGAUCGAACGGGCGCAUCAGGAAACAUUGGCACAAAUUCGCAAUCUAAGCGGAAGCGCUCGUCCCGAUGCCGAGGCGGUGGAGAACCUACAGUCGAGAGCCCGUGAACUGGAAAAGAAGGUUUCGCUGGAAAAUGUGCGCUGCGAGGAGCUGCAGAUCGAGCUGACGACAGCCUUGAAGGCCAAGGCAGCGCGUUCGGGCCAAUCCUCGCACAUGGGACAGUCCUCGCACAUGGGCAGCGGUGCGACGGGGUCUGGGUCGGCCAUUCCAACAUCGGCCAGCAGUUCCACCGUCACAUGGGCACCGACAAUCAGUCACCAGGACCAAGGCUCGGAGAUUGAUAUCAUAAUGGCAAAGAUUGAGCAGGAUAACCGUGUGCUGGCCGAGCUGGAACAGCCUCGAACAUCGGCCAGCGCCAGCAUGUCAGCAUUGCCGCCCAGUUCCAUGUUGAGCACGGUAAAUAGCGAAUUUAGAACCAUAUCAAAGAGUGAACUCGAAGAAGAACUGAAUCGUUAUAAAAGGGCCGUACUAGGCGGCACCUCGAGCGGCUGCGUCUCGGCUUUAUCCUCCGGCUAUUCGAGUCUGCCCCACUCGCUGGCCUCCACGCUGCCUAACGGUGCCAGCACCAGUUUGAGCGGCGCCAGCGUUGGCUCGCAGAGCAUGGCAGCCGCCGUUGGUGCGGGAGCUGGGAGCAGUGGCCUGCAAUCCAUAUCGGCCCUGGUGCCCAACUCAAUCAGCGGCAUAUCCUCGAGUCUAAGCAGCCAUGCCAUACAAUCACUGAAUGCGGCCGCCUACGGUGGUGUCGGACAGAGUUCCGUGGAGAAGCUGCUGAGCGGUACUAGUGGACUCACUGGCAUCCCACCAUUGCCGGUAAAUAUUCACACGUUGAAGGCUAUGCCAACGGCAUUAAGUCAGCGCGGAACAAUACAACUGUACAAUUUACAGAGCACAACCAUGCCCCUCCUGUCACUCAACUCGCAUAACCUGCCGACCGGUGGCUCGAGCAGCUACUCCGGAUUGGGGCUGGGCGGCGGUGGCGCUGGUGCCGCCGGCUCCUCGCUGACGCAUCCCACCAUGGGCAAUCUCAGCAUGCUCGAUACCAGCGCCCUGCUGGGUGCUGCCGGACUCGGCCUGGGCGCUGGGCCAAGCGGCAGUGGCAUCACGGGCGCCACAUCGCUGUAUGGCCUGAGUGCGGGUGCCGCCGGUGGAUUGGGCAGCUCGUAUGGUCCACCGUUUAUGGAUGUGGCCUCGAGCGCCUCGUAUCCGUUCACAUCGGCCGCCCUGCGUCAGGCCUCCAAAAUGAAGAUGCUGGACGAGAUCGAGAUACCAUUGACGCGAUACGGCAACCGCAGCUCACCCUGCUCCCCAAUACCGCCCAGCAAUUGGGGCCUGGACGAAUUCGCAGAUGGCCUGAGCCUCUGCAUGAUGCACAAUCGCGCCGGCCUGGCUUUGGGUGCCCUGGAUCUGGAUACACGCAAUCAUGGCUUGAAUGGAGCCAGCGAACCGCAAGUGGAUAUGCUGGACAUCCCUGGAAAGGGCCGCUGCUGCGUGUUCAUAGCCCGCUUUCCGUACGAUCCACCCGAAGAGGCUGAGGGCGAGCUGUCACUGUGCACCGGCGACUAUUUGCUGGUGUGGACCAGCGGUGAGCCGCAGGGUGGCUAUCUGGAUGCGGAGCUACUGGAUGGAAGACGCGGCCUAGUGCCCGCCUCAUUUGUACAGCGUUUAGUGGGCGACGAUUUACUGGAAUUCCAUCAGGCGGUUUUAUCGACUUUGCGCGAUGCUGAGGAUGGUUCGAUGCAAUGCGACACAACGUCGCUGCCCUCCUUGCCGCCGCACAAUCCAUUGCUCACACACACCCACGAGGAUUUGGCACGUUUGAGUGAGACGCACACCGAUCUGGAGCACGAUCAGGAUGACAUUAGCGAUAAUGUUCCAGCACCCAAACACUUGACGCUGGAACGGCAGCUGAAUAAGAGCGUGCUCAUUGGCUGGUCACCACCGGAGCCAGUGGGCUACAAUCUCAUCGAGAGCUAUCAUGUCUAUGUGGAUCGUGUGCUAAAGGUCUCUGUGAAGGCCAAUGAACGCACACGGGCAUUAAUCGAGGGCGUUGACUCCACACGGCCGCAUCGCAUUAGCGUGCGGAGCGUGACCCAGAAUCGGCAGACGUCCCGGGACGCCGCCUGCACCAUGAUCAUUGGUCGGGACACAUCACAUUUGGGCCCCUCGGCGGUGCGCGCCUCGCACAUAACGUGUUCCUCGGCGGUCAUCUCGUGGCAGCCGGCCAAUUCGAACCACCAGCACGUGGUGUGUGUGAACAAUGUGGAGGUGCGCACCGUCAAGCCGGGCAUGUAUAGGCACACCAUCACUGGUCUGGCGCCGAGCACCCAAUAUCGGGUGACCGUGCGGGCCAAGCAUCUGCGCGCGGUUGGGCAGCAGACGCCACAGCAGACGCCGGGCAGGCCCGGACAGGAGGAGGCACCCGGUGCCUAUGCUGAUUUCCGCACCCUCACCAAGGGACUGCCCGAUCCGCCGCAGGAGAUUCAGCUCGAGGCUGGGCCACAGGAUGGCACCAUUCUGGUGACAUGGCAGCCGGUCGCCAGGCCCACCGCAACUGGGCCUGUUACCGGCUAUGCUGUGUAUGCCGAUGGUAAGAAGGUCACCGACAUCAAUUCACCCACCGGCGACCAUGCCCUCAUCGACAUUGGCAAGCUGGGCGUCUUCAAUCCGCGCGCCGUGACCAUCCGCACCAAGUCACGGGACUCACAGUCGGCGGACAGUGCGCCCAUAUUGAUACCAAACACUGUGCGCAAUGCCGUUGCUCGACGGGGACCAAAUCAGAUGGGCAUGGGUCCGCAGCUGCCGCAGGGGCCACACGGCAUGCAGCAGCAAAUGGGUGGCAUGCCCGGGCAGCAGCAGCAGCUGCAGCAGCCACAUAUGAUGGGGCAACAAGAUCAGCAUGGACAGUACGAUCCCAACCACAUGCAGCAGCAGCAGCAACAGCAGCAGCAGCAGGGCAUGCAGCAGGGAAUGCAGCAGGGAAUGCAGCAGGGACAGCAGCCCGGUCAGCCGGGUCACCAGCCUGACGGAGGCUCCGGCUUAUUAGGUGGCCUGCUCGGUGGCCUCUUCUCGAAACCCACACAGAGUCAAGUGAACCAGAAUGGAUACCAGCAGCCAGGGACAGCAGGUGCACAGCGUGGCAUGGCGCCAGUGCCAGGCAGACCGCAGGGGCCACAGCAGCAGCAGCAACUCCAACAGCAACAACAGUACGGUCCACAGGGUCCCCGAGGUGGGCCACGCUUCCGAGGACCAGUGCCCGGGCAGAUGAACAUGCAGGGACAGCAAAUGCAAGGACAGAUGCCAGGACAAAUGCAGGGCCAGAUGCAGGGUCAAAUGCCUGGCCAAAUGCAGGGUCAGAUGCAGGGUCAGAUGCCAGGGCAGAUGCCUGGACAGAUGCCCGGUCAGAUGCCCGGUCAGAUGCCCGGUCAGAUGCCUGGACAGAUGCCAGGGCAGAUGCCCGGUCAAAUGCCCAAUCAAAUGAUGGGCCCACGGGGUCCCCUCAAUCAGCAGCAACAGCAACAGGGCCAGCACCAGCCUGGUGGCCAGCAGCAGCCCGGACAACAGCAGCAGCAACAGCAGAAGAAACCCCGCUACUUUGUGGCCAUGUUCGACUACGAUCCAUCUACCAUGAGUCCCAAUCCCGAUGGCUGCGACGAAGAGCUGCCAUUCCAAGAGGGUGAUACGAUCAAGGUCUUUGGUGAUAAGGACUCCGAUGGCUUCUAUUGGGGCGAACUGGCCGGUCGUCGUGGCUAUGUGCCGCACAAUAUGGUCUCCGAGGUGGAGGAUACAACCGCAUCGAUGGCUGCCGGCGGUCAAAUGCCUGGCGCCAUGCAGGGCGCUGGCGCUGUCGGUGGACAGGCGCAGGUGAUGCCCGGCCAGGUGGUGCCACAGCAGAGCAUGCGCAACGUGAGUCGCGAUCGCUGGGGCGACAUCUAUGCGAAUAUGCCGGUGAAGCGCAUGAUUGCCCUCUACGACUACGAUCCCCAAGAGUUGAGUCCCAAUGUGGAUGCCGAGCAGGUGGAACUGUGCUUUAAGACGGGCGAGAUCAUAUUGGUGUAUGGUGAGAUGGAUGAAGAUGGUUUCUACAUGGGCGAACUGGACGGUGUGCGUGGCCUGGUGCCGUCAAAUUUCCUGGCGGAUGCGCCGGACCAAUACAACAACCAGAUGGGUCCGGGCGGUGCAGCCGGACGUGGCGGACUCAGCCAGCGGGGCAGGGGCCAGGGACCUGGUGCGAGAGGACCACCGCCGCCGCCGCGGGACAAUAUGAUGCCUGGCGCGGCCGGGCGUGGUCAACCAGGUAAAAAUGCUCGCCCUGCUUCCCCUACACUGUUAGACAACACGGGCCAUCCUGCCCCCGAUCACCAAGCGCAGGGGAUGAUCGGCCGCGUUGGUAAUGUUGGACUGCAACAACAGCAACAGCAGCAGCAGCAGCAGCAGCAGCCGUACGGUCAGCAACAGACGCAGCAACAACAACAACAGCAACAGCAAAUGGGAGGACAACCUGGAAUGAUGGGAAUGGGCCAACAGCCGCAACAGCAGAUGGGACAGCAGCAGAUGGGACAGCAGCAAAUGGGACAACAGCAAAUGGGCGGAAUGGGACAGAUGGGCCCGCAAAUGGGAAUGGGAGGACAGCAGCAGCAACAACCGCAACAGCCGCCGGUAACGACGCAGGCGCAAACGGGUGGCCUGUUCUCCGGCGCGACUAGCCUGCUCUCUGGUGCUACUUCGGCUGCCACCGGUGGUCUAUUUGGGUCGAAGCAACCGCCCAAAACGGAUCCAAUGCAACCACCUGGCGGUGUGCAGCCAACGCAGCAACAAGCAAAUGCCUUUGGUGCACAACCCGGGAUGCAACAGGGCAUGCAACAGGGCAUGCAACAGGGUAUGCAACAGGGUAUGCCACAAGGCAUGCAACAGCAGGGCAUGCAACAGCAGGGCAUGCAACAACCGCAGCAGCAGCAACAACAGCAACAUGUGCCCAUGCAGCACCAAGUGCCACCGGCUCAUCUGCAUCAGGCGCCUCUAUCACAGCCACACUAUGUGCCUCAACAGCAGCAACAGCCGCCGCCUCCCCAACAGCAGCAGCAGCAGCAGCAUGUACCGCUGCACUUGCAACAGAAAGCUCAGCAGCCGCCACAGCAGCAGCAGCAGCUGGCGGAGGCCCAGCACCAACUUGUGCCUAAGCAGCAUCAACAGCCACCAGCGCAACAGCAACAGCAGCAGCCACAGCUGGCGCCAGAGCCAUCGCAGCCGCAGCCUAUCUACCAUACAAUGCCACCGCCACAGACGUCUCCGGUGGUGAUCACCUCGCCGGUCCUGCUGGAGGCACCGCCGCCACAAAUUCUGGCGGCCCAACAGCCGCAGCAACAGCUGACGGCCACGCCCAAGCCAGAGGCCUCGCCGGCACCUGGCAGUAAUACCACAACCCCCACUGGUAUUGCCAGUACGCCCACGACGGCGUCUGCGUCCAGUGCUGGGUCCGAGAAGUCCACGCCUGCUGCUGCAACGAGUGUAGCCACCAGUGGAACCGCAGCCCCCGCAGCUGCUGGGACAACUGGUAGUGGUGGUGCUGCUGCUGCUGCUGCUACUACUACUACUGGUGGCAGCGGAAGUACGCCUGUGGUGAAGAAGCAUGUGCUCAAUCCUUCGGCCAAGCCGUUCACGCCCAGGGCUGGGGCCGGCACACCCAAUCCCUCGCGCCCCCAUACGCCACAGACACCGGUGCCGAUGCAGGGCAUUUAUACGACCACGGGUGCACAUGUACCAGCGGCGGCGGCCAAUCAGCCCAUAUACGUUGUGCAGCAGCAGCAUCCAUUCCCGCAACCCACACACCCACAGGCUGGACAGCCACAGCGACUUCGUCGCAAUAAUUAUGCCCCUAUGGGAGCAUCGCAGAUGCAUGUCUCGGCAACUACGGCCACCGGACAGCCACUGAUGGCCGCCGCUCCCAUGCCGUUCAUACCGUACUCCCAUGCCCCUCAAACACAUUUCCAAUCACAGGGAUAUACGCACAUGCCGAUGCGAUUGUAUCCGGAGCAACAGCAGCUGCAGUUCCUGACACAGACGCCACAGUCGACCACGCCAUCGCCAGGACAGACGCAUCAGCCGUUCCAUCCGCCACCACAGCCCUCCCCUGCCGGCGGGGGACCGCAGCCGGCAUACACGCCGCCCACACCGCAGACAUACCAGUUUAUGUGCCUGCAUCCCCAACAGGUCCUAACCAAUCCAUAUUAUCAACCGCAUCCAACGCACCAGCAUGCGCAGCAAAAUCCACAGUAUCAGAUCGUGAUGCAGCAGCAUCAUGCACAGUGAUGAGGAUGAUGCCACUCCAGCAACAACAACAGCAGCAACAUCAGCAGCAGUAGUGGCAAUUGGGGGCGGCAGGCAUUAACGCUGUAAGGAAUGGAAUCUGUACGGGCAGCCAUCAGUCAUCAACAAGCCACAUUUAAACACCACAUAGCCAACAGCAUAAAGCAGCAGCAUCGCUGCGACCAUCUUCAUAUCCCUCAUUCAACUUUUGAGUAGGCGCGCGCUUGCGGCAUUUGUAGUCGCUCCAAGCGAACCCCAAAAAAGAACACACAUCCCAUACCCAUGCCCAUACACCACAAUCACAUAAAUGCCAUGUGCAGGAGCGGUUCAAUCUGUGGCACAUCUCACAGACCGACAACAA